AUGUCCUCUCACCAUCCUACUGACCCAGUGGAGCUACGCAGAAUCAACUUCCAGACCCCAGGUAGGCUGUACAUACACACAGACACACACACACACAUACACACACACACACACAUACACACACACACACAUACACACACACACACACACACACACACACACACACACACACACACACACACACACACACACACACACACACACACACACACACACACACACACACACACACACACACACACACACAUACACACACACACACUGGUCUGGUGGUCUUCAAUGACUUCUCUGGCUGUUUCUUUUCCUUUCAGGAGGUUACCGUAUAUCAGCUUUCCGCGGCUACAAACGAUUGUCAAGUUAGUCGGUGUUCGUCCUCUCUCUGGCUGACUAAACCAUCCUACUGUUCAUUCCAUCCCCAUUUCAGGAACAACGGCUUUUGGAAAUGGCAGAGUAACUUUAACUGUCAAGGCGCCGCUAAUAUUUUGUCAUGCAUCGUUUGUUCUGUUUUGUGCUGUUUGGACUCCUGAAUAAUUGUACGACAGUGUGUUUUAAAGACUUGUCAUUUUGCUUUCAUGAUGUAUUUAAGAUGUUACCUGACCUGGGUCUGUUUUCACAAAAGCAUCUCGAAUGCGAAGUUUCAUCGUUAAGGGCGGCAGGUAGCUUAGUGGUUAAGUGCGUUGUGCCAGUAACCGAAAGGUUGCUGGUUCUAAUCCCCGAGCCGACUAGGUGAAAAAUGUGUCGAUGUGCCCUUGAGCAAGGCACUUAACCCUAAUUGCUCCUGUAAGUCGCUCUGGAUAAGAGCGUCUGCUAAAUGACAAAAAAAUUUAAAAUGUAGAACCUUCGUAGGAGCAUCGUUAAAUCUCAGAGCUGUUUCCCAAAACUAAAGUUGCACUUGAAAACACUUUAUUUUCAGACCACUCGUAGAACCGCUAAGUGCGUCGUUAGAUGCUUUUUUUGCCCUUCCGCAUUAUUAUAGGGUAGACUAGGGUCUCAUCCUCAGCAUUAUAAUCUGUGAUUUAGUGUAUUAUUAUAGGGUAGGCUAGGGCCUCAUCCUCAGCAUUAUAAUCUGUGAUUUAGUGUGUUAUUAUAGGGAAGGCUAGGGCCUCAUCCUCAGCAUUAUAAUCUGUGAUUUAGUGUAUUAUUAUAGGGUAGACUAGGGCCUCAUCCUCAGCAUUAUAAUCUGUGAUUUAGUGUGUUAUUAUAGGGAAGGCUCUCAUCCUCAGCAUUAUAAUCUGUGAUUUAGUGUGUUAUUAUAGGGUAGACUAGGGCCUCAUCCUCAGCAUUAUAAUCUGUGAUUUAGUGUGUUAUUAUAGGGUAGGCUAGGGCCUCGUCCUCAGCAUUAUAAUCUGUGAUUUAGUGUGUUAUUAUAGGGAAGGCUCUCAUCCUCAGCAUUAUAAUCUGUGAUUUAGUGUGUUAUUAUAGGGAAGGCUAGGGCCUCGUCCUCAGCAUUAUAAUCUGUGAUUUAGUGUAUUAUUAUAGGGUAGGCUAGGGCCUCGUCCUCAACAUUAUAAUCUGUGAUUUAGUGUGUUAUUAUAGGGAAGGCUAGGGCCUCAUCCUCAGCAUUAUAAUCUGUGAUUUAGUGUGUUAUUAUAGGGUAGGCUAGGGCCUCGUCCUCAGCAUUAUAAUCUGUGAUUUAGUGUGUUAUUAUAGGGUAGGCUAGGGCCUCAUCCUCAGCAUUAUAAUCUGUGAUUUAGUGUGUUAUUAUAGGGUAGGCUAGGGCCUCAUCCUCAGCAUUAUAAUCUGUGAUUUAGUGUGUUAUUAUAGGGUAGGCUAGGGCCUCAUCCUCAGCAUUAUAAUCUGUGAUUUAGUGUGUUAUUAUAGGGUAGGCUGGGGCCUCGUCCUCAGCAUUAUAAUCUGUGAUUUAGUGUGUUAUUAUAGGGAAGGCUAGGGCCUCAUCCUCAGCAUUAUAAUCUGUGAUUUAGUGUGUUAUUAUAGGGUAGGCUAGGGCCUCAUCCUCAGCAUUAUAAUCUGUGAUUUAGUGUGUUAUUAUAGGGUAGGCUAGGGCCUCAUCCUCAGCAUUAUAAUCUGUGAUUUAGUGUGUUAUUAUAGGGUAGGCUAGGGCCUCAUCCUCAGCAUUAUAAUCUGUGAUUUAGUGUGUUAUUAUAGGGAAGGCUAGGGCCUCAUCCUCAGCAUUAUAAUCUGUGAUUUAGUGUGUUAUUAUAGGGUAGGCUAGGGCCUCGUCCUCAGCAUUAUAAUCUGUGAUUUAGUGUGUUAUUAUAGGGUAGGCUAGGGCCUCAUCCUCAGCAUUAUAAUCUGUGAUUUAGUGUGUUAUUAUAGGGUAGGCUAGGGCCUCAUCCUCAGCAUUAUAAUCUGUGAUUUUGUGUGUUAUUAUAGGGAAGGCUAGGGCCUCGUCCUCAGCAUUAUAAUCUGUGAUUUAGUGUGUUAUUAUAGGGUAGGCUAGGGCCUCGUCCUCAGCAUUAUAAUCUGUGAUUUAGUGUGUUAUUAUAGGGUAGGCUCUCAUCCUCAGCAUUAUAAUCUGUGAUUUAGUGUGUUAUUAUAGGGAAGGCUGGGGCCUCGUCCUCAGCAUUAUAAUCUGUGAUUUAGUGUAUUAUUAUAGGGUAGGCUAGGGCCUCAUCCUCAGCAUUAUAAUCUGUGAUUUAGUGUGUUAUUAUAGGGAAGGCUAGGGCCUCAUCCUCAGCAUUAUAAUCUGUGAUUUAGUGUGUUAUUAUAGGGAAGGCUAGGGCCUCAUCCUCAGCAUUAUAAUCUGUGAUUUAGUGUAUUAUUAUAGGGUAGACUAGGGCCUCAUCCUCAGCAUUAUAAUCUGUGAUUUAGUGUGUUAUUAUAGGGAAGGCUAGGGCCUCGUCCUCAGCAUUAUAAUCUGUGAUUUAGUGUGUUAUUAUAGGGUAGGCUAGGGCCUCAUCCUCAGCAUUAUAAUCUGUGAUUUAGUGUAUUAUUAUAGGGUAGGCUAGGGCCUCGUCCUCAGCAUUAUAAUCUGUGAUUUAGUGUAUUAUUAUAGGGUAGGCUAGGGCCUCGUCCUCAGCAUUAUAAUCUGUGAUUUAGUGUGUUAUUAUAGGGUAGGCUAGGGCCUCGUCCUCAGCAUUAUAAUCUGUGAUUUAGUGUGUUAUUAUAGGGUAGGCUAGGGCCUCGUCCUCAGCAUUAUAAUCUGUGAUUUAGUGUGUUAUUAUAGGGUAGGCUAGGGCCUCAUCCUCAGCAUUAUAAUCUGUGAUUUAGUGUGUUAUUAUAGGGUAGGCUAGGGCCUCGUCCUCAGCAUUAUAAUCUGUGAUUUAGUGUGUUAUUAUAGGGAAGGCUAGGGCCUCAUCCUCAGCAUUAUAAUCUGUGAUUUAGUGUGUUAUUAUAGGGUAGGCUAGGGCCUCAUCCUCAGCAUUAUAAUCUGUGAUUUAGUGUGUUAUUAUAGGGAAGGCUAGGGCCUCAUCCUCAGCAUUAUAAUCUGUGAUUUAGUGUGUUAUUAUAGGGUAGGCUAGGGCCUCGUCCUCAGCAUUAUAAUCUGUGAUUUAGUGUGUUAUUAUAGGGUAGGCUCUCAUCCUCAGCAUUAUAAUCUGUGAUUUAGUGUGUUAUUAUAGGGUAGGCUAGGGCCUCGUCCUCAGCAUUAUAAUCUGUGAUUUAGUGUGUUAUUAUAGGGUAGGCUCUCAUCCUCAGCAUUAUAAUCUGUGAUUUAGUGUGUUAUUAUAGGGUAGGCUAGGGCCUCGUCCUCAGCAUUAUAAUCUGUGAUUUAGUGUGUUAUUAUAGGGAAGGCUAGGGCCUCAUCCUCAGCAUUAUAAUCUGUGAUUUAGUGUGUUAUUAUAGGGAAGGCUAGGGCCUCAUCCUCAGCAUUAUAAUCUGUGAUUUAGUGUGUUAUUAUAGGGUAGGCUAGGGCCUCAUCCUCAGCAUUAUAAUCUGUGAUUUAGUGUAUUAUUAUAGGGUAGGCUAGGGCCUCGUCCUCAGCAUUAUAAUCUGUGAUUUAGUGUGUUAUUAUAGGGUAGGCUAGGGCCUCGUCCUCAGCAUUAUAAUCUGUGAUUUAGUGUGUUAUUAUAGGGUAGGCUCUCAUCCUCAGCAUUAUAAUCUGUGAUUUAGUGUGUUAUUAUAGGGUAGGCUAGGGCCUCGUCCUCAGCAUUAUAAUCUGUGAUUUAGUGUGUUAUUAUAGGGUAGGCUCUCAUCCUCAUCAUUAUAAUCUGUGAUUUAGUGUGUUAUUAUAGGGUAGGCUCUCAUCCUCAGCAUUAUAAUCUGUGAUUUAGUGUGUUAUUAUAGGGUAGGCUAGGGCCUCGUCCUCAGCAUUAUAAUCUGUGAUUUAGUGUGUUAUUAUAGGGAAGGCUAGGGCCUCAUCCUCAGCAUUAUAAUCUGUGAUUUAGUGUGUUAUUAUAGGGAAGGCUAGGGCCUCAUCCUCAGCAUUAUAAUCUGUGAUUUAGUGUGUUAUUAUAGGGUAGGCUAGGGCCUCAUCCUCAGCAUUAUAAUCUGUGAUUUAGUGUGUUAUUAUAGGGUAGGCUCUCAUCCUCAGCAUUAUAAUCUGUGAUUUAGUGUGUUAUUAUAGGGAAGGCUAGGGCCUCGUCCUCAGCAUUAUAAUCUGUGAUUUAGUGUGUUAUUAUAGGGUAGGCUAGGGCCUCGUCCUCAGCAUUAUAAUCUGCCUCUAUAUUUGUAGCCAUAGCCUGUAAGGGAUAAUAUCUCUCUAGGAUCUGAUCCGUCAUCAGUAUUGUGUAAUAAUUAUAAGGUAAGAUUUGAAUGGAGAAAGCUGAUCUGAGAGCAGCGCUGCUUUUUGAUCCUAUUAGUAUCCACACAUGCUCCAACGGCGCACUUAGUGAAAGUUCUCCCUAUGUAGUGUUUUGGGAAACGCAUGUGAGAUCUUCGGCCGUUGUAGGAACGAUGCAUCGUUAAUACAUUCGUAAACCUAAAUUCCAUUGCUGUCAGGAUACCAGGCCCAGGAAAGACUCCAGGCCCCAUGUGAGGCUUGCUCUUGCUUUGAAAAUAUCUGCUUAACAAGAUGUCUUCAGCAUCAACUACUGCUCUUCAUCACCAGCUACUACUCUUCAUCAACAGAACACUACUCUUCAUUAACAUAACACUACUCUUCAUCAACAGAACACUACUCUUCAUUAACAUAACACUACUCUUCAUCAACAGAACACUACUCUUCAUCAACAGAACACUACUCUUCAUCAACAGAACACUACCCUUCAUCAACAGAACACUACUCUUCAUCAACAGAACACUACACUUCAUCAACAGAACACUACUCUUCAUCAACAGAACACUACUCUUCAUCAACAGAACACUACUUUUCAUCAACAGAACACUACUCUUCGUCAACAGAACACUACUCUUCAUCAACAGAACACUACUCUUCAUCAACAGAACACUACUCUUCGUCAACAGAACACUACUCUUCAUCAACAGAACACUACUCUUCGUCAACAGAACACUACUCUUCAUCAACAGAACACUACUUUUCAUCAACAGAACACUACUCUUCAUUAACAGAACACUACUUUUCAUCAACAGAACACUGCUCUUCAUCAACAGAACACUACUCUUCAUCAACAGAACACUACGCUUCAUCAACAGAACAUUACUCUUCAUCAACAGAACACUACUCUUCAUCAACAGAACACUACUUUUCAUCAACAGAACACUACUCUUCAUCAACAGAACACUACUUUUCAUCAACAGAACACUACUCUUCAUCAACAGAACACUACUUUUCAUCAACAGAACACUACUCUUCAUCAACAGAAUACUACCCUUCAUCAACAGAACACUACUUUUCAUCAACAGAACACUACCUUUCAUCAACAUAACACUACUUUUCAUCAGCAGAACACUACUUUUCAUUAACAUAACACUACACUGCUCUUAAAUGGCUCUGAGAACCACACUUCUAACACUAACCUCCUCUAACUGUCUCUGGGUUGAAGUUGCCCUUAGGUACAGAUCUGGGAACAGUUUACCCUCCCAAGAGCCUAACCUGAAGCAUUAGGCGAAACAAUGAAAAACGGCCCUAAGAUCAGUGUCUAUGGACAACUUCGGGGGAACUACUUUGUUAUCCUGAUAGUCUUACAUCAAUCGAAUAAUAAUAUAUAUCUCUCUGUUUCUCUCUGUCGUUCGCUCUCGCUCUUGCUCUCUCUCUCUCGCUCUCUGUCAGGCAUGGCUAGUCACCCACCUAUCCCCAUCUCUGAGCUCGCUGAUCAUCUAGAACGCCUGAAAGCCAACGACAACCUGAAGUUCUCUCAGGAGUAUGAGGUACGGCAGCCGUGUGUGUGUGUGUGUGAGAGAGAGAGAGAGAGAGAGAGAGAGAGAGAGUUUGUUUGAAAGAGACAUUUUCACUCCAAUUAUUCUGUUUUCGUUAUGCAAUUCAAAUGGAUUUCCGAUGUAUUUCGUCACUUGUGCCAAUUUGACACUGUAAGCCCUGUGUAGAAACCCUCUAAUGAACCAGAUACACACAGAGCUGUUGAUGUCUUUUCUCUUUUGACAGAGGUAUCAGGGUUUAAAUGUGAAGAAGAAUCUUCCCCCUCUCAUGUCUCCUGUUUUAUCAGAAGAACAUUUCUGUUCAAUCAGAGAUCUGUCUGUCAGUCUGUCGCAAAGAGAUACUGCUUACAGACUGAUGGUUAUCAAUGUUACGCUUCCAGGGAGAUAGAGGGAGAGAGAGGGGGGGGGGGGGGGUUGGGGGUGAGGGGGGGGGUGGGGGGGAGGGGUCGGGGGGGGGAGCUUGGGGUUCCUCUCUGGGAGGGGGGGGCUUCCUGGAGGAGAGAGAGAGGAGAGGAGGGGGAGGUAGUAUCACGCCUCUCUCUCUCUCUCUCUCCUCCUAUGUGAGACGUUAAGUCUUAUAAGUCAUAGGAGGGGAGGCUCCGACGAUCUUGAGCGCUUGAGUAUUGCAGAGUCAUAAUCAGACACACAUGCUAGUGAGCAGUGAGUAGACCAAACACACACACGCACACACACACUCUCUCACACACACUCUCACACACACACUCAAACACUCACACACACACACAAACACUCAAACACAAACACACUCACACAAACACAAACACACAGACAACCGCGUCGUACAAUAUUCAAAAUGACUUUCUCUCUUUCUCCAUACUUUAAUGCACAAAUGACAUCGUGUGUGUUUGUCCCACAAACAGUUCAGUUUUAUACCAUUAUUCUAGGUUUGAGAUUGUUUUGGUGUUGGACUGAGUUUUUCUCUCGCCCCAAAGGAAUUCAUGGCAUUUGAUUUUGUGUUCAGUUGGGUAAAAACUUAGCAAAACAUUUCAUUCCGUUUCAAAAUGUUUUGUUACUGUUUCAUGCAUAUACUGUCUUAUUUUUGAUUCAAUUCAACCUUUGACCUGUUGUGUUGUGGUCCAUUGACACUUUUUACCAAGUUUUGGAACUGAAAUUAUUUUCCAACUGUUUCGUUCUGAACAGAACCAUUAUUUUUUUUUGUUCCGUUCCAUCUGUUCCGACCAGCAAAAUAAAGUUCUGAACCGGUUCGAACCCCAAAAAAAGUAACAGUUUAUAUCAUUCCUUUCUGUUUCUUUUUCAACCUCUGAAAUAUACUUUUUUUAAAUUACUUCACCAAUCAGCGAAGCAUUGGGCAUCUUGUUAUGACAUGCAUUAGCUGAAUUAGGCCCACAGAAUUAUACCAACGGAGGAGCGGAUUAUAUGGAGGAACUUUGAAUGUCUUUCAACCCCCGAGUUGGUAUAAUGUUGGACCAGAGCAAACAUUAGCUAGCUAGCUAACAAGCUUGUGUGUACAGAGCAGCACUAGAAUUAAAAACACAUCUUACCUUUUAGUAGUCAAUUAAUCCAAUGUGAAAAGUGAUAACUAUAGUAUCCUUAACUAGCAUUAAAAAGUCAAUCCAUUCUUCUCUAAUUAAACAUCUCUCCCUAAUUUCUGAAUGGGGGAGGGGCUACAGUAACCUAUGCUUCAGAGGGGGAGGGGCUACAGGAACCUAUGCUUCAGAGGGGGAGGGGCUACAGGAACCUAUGCUUCAGAGGGGGAGGGGCAGGUAGUGUACACACACACCCACUGGCAAAGAUGUCCAGCUGGCAGGCAGAUCCUGGAAUCCGUUUCUGAGUGACAAAAUGAGGGCUUUGCAUAGGCGCUUUGUUGGUAAUGAACGUAAAAUAACCGGUUCCCAUGCUUUUAAAAUAACGGUUCUGUUCCGGAACAGUAUAGAUCACUUUCGUUUUCGGUUCGGGUUCUAUUCCUCAAAUAAUUUAGUUAUUUCCCGGUUUUCAGUUCUGUUCCCUGAACCGGUUCCAACCCUUGCUUAUUACCCUUGUUGUAGUCCAUUGACCCUGACCAGCAGUUCACCUGGGAGCAUUCUAACCCUAACCCUAACCCCUAAACUCUGACCUCUGUGUUGUAGUCCAUUGACCCUGACCAGCAGUUCACCUGGGAGCAUUCUAACCCUAACCCUAACCCCUAACCUCUGACCUCUGUGUUGUAGUCCAUUGACCCUGACCAGCAGUUCACCUGGGAGCAUUCUAAACCCUAACCCUAACCCCUAACCUCUGACCUCUGUGUUGUAGUCCAUUGACCCUGACCAGCAGUUCACCUGGGAGCAUUCUAACCCUAACCCUAACCCCUAACCUCUGACCUCUGUGUUGUAGUCCAUUGACCCUGACCAGCAGUUCACCUGGGAGCAUUCUAACCCUAACACUAACCCCUAACCUCUGACCUCUGUGUUGUAGUCCAUAGACCCCGGCCAGCAGUUCACCUGGGAGCAUUCUAACCCUAACCCUAACCCCUAACCUCUGACCUCUGUGUUGUAGUCCAUUGACCCCGGCCAGCAGUUCACCUGGGAACAGUCUAACCUGGAGGUCAACAAGCCAAAGAACCGCUAUGCCAACGUCAUCGCCUACGACCACUCCAGGGUUCUACUGUCCAGUAUAGAGGGUAAGUUGGAAGUCAUACACAUGCUGACACACACACGCACGCACGCACGCACGCACGCACGCACGCACGCACGCACGCACGCACGCACGCACGCACGCACGCACGCACGCACACACACACACACACACACACACACACACACACACACACACACACACAACACACACACAGACACACACACACACACACAGACAGACACACACAUGCUGACACACACACACACACACACACACACACACGCUAAGGCUUCACCUACGACCCCUCCAGGGUUCUACUGUCCAGCAUCGAGGGAGACACACACUUUUCUUGUUUUAUUCUCGGCCAGUCUAAACGUGCCUUCGCUGUCUUAAUAUAAUAUUACCACUUAGCAGAAGCAUUUAUCUAAAGUGACUUACAGUACAGUGACUGUAUGCAGUUUUGUUUUUUAAAGCAGAGAGAGACAGAAAGAGAGAGGGAGGGGCCCUGGCAGCUCCAUAGAGGAGAGGGGGAAGCUGUGGCUGGCCAAGCCCAGACAAAUUACUCUUAUCUGGGCAGAGCAUGUAUGAGAGCAGCCCCUCCACCCCCUCGAUCCUGGAGCUCUCUUCUCUGUUUGUCUGUCUGUCAGGCCUGCGAGUCACACACAUGAACAUACAAGCAUACACUCUCCUUCUAUCUCUCUCUCUAUCUCACACACACACACACACACACACACACACUCAUUCUGACUCUCUCACACACACACAGACUCUGCCAAGCCUGCAGAGCCAGAGAGAGAUGGGAACUCGUCUGAGCUCUGUUUUUAUCUCCAAGCUCCACAGCAGCCUUCCUUCUGUUACUCCUAACCAGUGAAGUUAUACACACACACACACACACAUCAAAGCCUAUAAGCAGGCUGCUGGUUAGAGAGACUGACUGUGGAUGAACAUAUACUGCUACUACCAUUACCUUAUGUUCAUGUUACUUGACAUUUUCAACUAGCAUACAGAGAGAGAGAGAGGAGAAGAGAGACUGGGGGGGGAGAGAGGAGGUAGGGAGGGAGAGAAGAGAGAAGGAGAGAGAGAUGGGACGAGAGAGAGAGAGAGAAGAGAGAGAGAGAGAGGAGAGAGAGAGGAGAGAGAGAGAGAGAGGAGAGAGAGGAGAGGGAGAGGGAGAGAGAGGGAGAGGGAGGAGGGAGGGGAGGGAGGGAGGGGGAGGGAGGAGGGAGGGAGGGAGGGAGGGAGAGAGAGAUUACAGUAGGUUUAAAUGAGGGCGAGUUGCUGCUGCAGCAGUAAUAUUAGCUAACUAUGAGUCCAUCCCAAAUGUCACCCUAUUCCCUAUGAUCCCUGGUCUAAAGUAGUGCACUAUAUAGGGAAUAGGGUGCCAUUUGAGAUGUAGUCAUGUCUUUGAAAGUGUUGGUACCAGCGAGGGCUGUUUGUUCGUUUUAUAUAAACUGACCUCAAAAGAUACACCAAGAGCUUUGUGACCUGCUUUCUGACUCACUAGAAUCAGUCCAGGGGUGUGCGUGCGGGCGGUGACACAGUGAUUUGGGGGAUUAUGGCAUCAGGCCCAGAUGAACAGGACUGAUCCUGAAUGAAACAGACACAAUCCCCUCCCAUACAAGCUGGGUAUCAGCUGAGAGAAUUGACACAAUCUCCUGCCAUACAAGCUGGGUAUCAGCUGAGAGAAUUGACACAAUCUCCUGCCAUACAAGCUGGGUAUCAGCUGAGAGAGUUGAGUCGUCCAUUUUCUCACGUUGACAUUUUUAACCAACACAUACACUGUACAUGCAGAUCGAUUGAUUGAUUGACACUUUGAUAAUCCCCAAGGAGCAUCUGAUCUGAUCAUCUCUCUCUCCCUUUCUCUCCCUCUUUCUCUCUCUCUCUCUGUCUCCCCCCGAUCUCUCACCCUCCCCUUAUCUCUCUUCCCCCCCCCCCCCCCAGGUAUCCCAGGCAGUGACUACAUCAAUGCUAACUACAUUGAUGGCUACCGUCGUCAGAACGCCUACAUCGCGACGCAGGGCUCUCUCCCCGAGACCUUCUGUGACUUCUGGAGACUGGUGUGGGAACAGCACACGGCCAACAUCAUCAUGAUGACCAAGCUAGAGGAGAAGUCACGGGUAAGGACUGAUAUCAAUUAUUCAUACAGUCAAAGGACAGUUAUAAAUCAAUAGACUGUUAUAAAUUAUGUUUUUUUGUCAUUUAGCAGACUCUCUUAUCCAGAGCGACUUACAGGAGCAAUUAGGGUUAGAUCAUUGUAAUCAAUGGGGAAGGAGGACGGAUCAGUUGAUAAUCAAUGGGGGAGGAGGACGGAUCAGUUGAUAAUCAAUGGGGGAGGAGGACGGAUCAGUUGAUAAUCAAUGGGGAAGGAGGACGGAUCAGUUGAUAAUCAAUGGGGAAGGAGGAAGGAUCAGUUGAUAAUCAAUGGGGGAGGAGGACGGAUCAGUUGAUAAUCAAUGGGGAAGGAGGACGGAUCAGUUGAUAAUCAAUGGGGAAGGAGGACGGAUCAGUUGAUAAUCAAUGGGGAAGGAGGACGGAUCAGUUGAUAAUCAAUGGGGAAGGAGGACGGAUCAGUUGAUAAUCAAUGGGGAAGGAGACAGAAAUAUACUAUGUCCUGUACAGUGUUGUAACCCCUAAUGUCAACGUACAGUGGUGGAUAUGAUUUCUUCUGGAGCGGAUGGUCUGGGGGCCAGAACAUAAUUACUAUAUAAUUUGUAGACUGCAAAUUGACCACAACAAGCCCAAACAGAUACAGGAUAAUAGCUGACUAAAACAGAAUCAUUUCAAACCUUUAUUACAUUUGUAAACCUAUAUGAUCACAUAAUGUAUAUCGCUCUAUUAUGCGUAGGAAGAUUUUGGAACUGAUUUAAAAAUAAAAAUAAAUCAGUUAGAGCUAAUUUGGUGGUGUUUUUACAGUCUUUUAUAUAUAUAUAUAUAUAUAUAUAUAUUGGGUUUAGAAAACUUGGGGGGCCAAAUAAAAUGCGGGGGCCAGUUGGGCAACCCUGCUGAAUAGUGUGUGUGUAUAUACAGCAGUAUGACUCUCCUAUAUACAGCAGUAUGACUCUCCUAUAUGACUUUAAAUAAUCAUGUAUUUCAUUUUCUCCCUUUAAUACGUUUCUAACAUGAUGUUGUCAACUUUAGUCUUUAGUUUCUCUUCUUAGCCCAUGUAGAAACUAGGUACAACUUCCUCUUUCCACCAUGCUUCUACUAAUACUAUGCUUAUACUGUCGUGCUACUUGACAUUUUCAACUAGCAUACAGGUCCUCUGUAGCUCAGCUGGUAGAGCACGGCGCUUGUAACGCCAGGGUAGUGGGUUCGAUCCCCGGGACCACCCAUACACAAAAAAAUGUAUGCACGCAUGACUGUAAGUCGCUUUGGAUAAAAGCGUCUGCUAAAUGGCAUAUUAUAUUAUUAUUAUGUACGAUGUAGUACUAUAACUAGUAGUACUAAAUGUACUAUGUAAUGCCAUAAUUAGUAGUACUACAUGUAUUAUGUAAUGCCAUAACUAGUAGUACUACAUGUACUAUGUAAUACCAUAACUAGUAGUACUACAUGUACUAUGUAGUACCAUAACUAGUAGUACUACAUGUACUAUGUAGUACCAUAACUAGUAGUACUGCCAUGUACUAUGUAGUACCAUAACUAGUAGUACUACAUGUACUAUGUAGUACCAUGACUAGUAGAAUUACCAUGUACUAUGUAGUACCAUAACUAGUAGUACUACAUGUACUAUGUAGUACCAUAACUAGUAGUACUACAUGUACUAUGUAGGACCAUGACUAGUAGAAUUACCAUGUACUAUGUAGUACCAUAACUAGUAGUACUACAUGUACUAUGUAGUACCAUAACUAGUAGUACUAUAUGUACUAUGUAGGACCAUGACUUGUAGAAUUACCAUGUACUAUGUAGUACCAUGACUAGUAGUACUACAUGUACUAUGUAGUACCAUGACUAGUAGAAUUACCAUGUACUAUGUAGUACCAUGACUAGUAGAAUUACCAUGUACUAUGUAGUACCAUGUUAAUAGCAUUACUAAUACUGUAGUAGUAAUGUACUGUAGUGUUGUGUGGUAGUUCCUGUCAUGUCUCUUUUCCAACUCUCUCUCUCUCUCUGUCUGUUUCACCCUGUCUGUUUCAGAUGCCCUCUUAUUUCUUCUCCAAGGCAAGACAUCCCUCUCCCUCCCUCCCUCCCCUCCCUCCCUCCCUCCCUCCCUCCCUCCGCUUCCCUCUCCUUACUUCAUUUCUGCAACCUCUAAUCACAUGGUUUUCUGAUCACUCAAUGUGUUCACUGCCUUUCUGUCUGGUUUUAAAACACACUGAGAAUGACUGAAAUGCUCCUCUGACCACUUUUGGAGACUCAACAAAAUGCACGUUGUUCACCAGUGUCACGUUGUGUGUGUUCUUUGGAUCUCGGGUCGAGGUUGGGUCUACUUCCAUUUCAGUUCAGUCCGUUCCUCUUCAAGAAGAAGUUAAAAGUACCAUUUAUUAUCAAUUAGAUUUUUUUUUUUCUCAAGUCUCCGAUUGGGAUUUCAGUUCCUGUCCUGAAUUGGCUGAAUAGAAAUGGAACUGACCCAAAGCUCUGUCUGUUUUCUCUGGACUGUAGCCACUAGCCAUCCAUGUUAUGUUAGGUAGCUACUGGAUAUUACGUAGCUAAUAGUACAUUAGGUAGCUACUGUAUAUAAUCCGUAGCUAAUAGUACAUUAGGUAGCUACUGUAUAUUACGUAGCUAAUAGUACAUUAGGUAGCUACUGGAUAUUACGUAGCUAAUAGUAACAUAGGUAGCUAUGGAUAUAACCUAGCUAAUAGUACAUUAGGUAGCCUACUGGAUAUUACGUAGCUAAUAGUACAUUAGGUAGCUACUGUAUAUAAUACGUAGCUAAUAGUACAUUAGGUAGCUACUGGAUAUUACGUAGCUAAUAGUACAUUAGGUAGCUACUGGAUAUAAUCCGUAGCUAAUAGUACAUUAGGUAGCUACUGUAUAUUACGUAGCUAAUAGUACAUUAGGUAGCUACUGUAUAUUACGUAGCUAAUAGUACAUUAGGUAGCUACUGUAUAUAAUCCGUAGCUAAUAGUACAUUAGGUAGCUACUGGAUAUUACGUAGCUAAUAGUACAUUAGGUAGCUACUGUAUAUUACGUAGCUAAUAGUACAUUAGGUAGCUACUGUAUAUAAUCUGUAGCUAAUAGUACAUUAGGUAGCUACUGUAUAUAAUCCGUAGCUAAUAGUACAUUAGGUAACUACUGUAUAUUACGUAGCUAAUAGUACAUUAGGUAGCUACUGUAUAUUACGUAGCUAAUAGUACAUUAGGUAGCUACUGUAUAUUACGUAGCUAAUAGUACAUUAGGUAGCUACUGUAUAUUACGUAGCUAAUAGUACAUUAGGUAGCUACUGUAUAUUACGUAGCUAAUAGUACAUUAGGUAACUACUGUAUAUUACGUAGCUAAUAGUACAUUAGGUAGCUACUGUAUAUUACGUAGCUAAUAGUACAUUAGGUAGCUACUGUAUAUUACGUAGCUAAUAGUACAUUAGGUAGCUACUGUAUAUUACGUAGCUAAUAGUACAUUAGGUAGCUACUGUAUAUAAUCCGUAGCUAAUAGUACAUUAGGUAGCUACUGGAUUUUACGUAGCUAAUAGUACAUUAGGUAGCUACUGGAUAUUACGUAGCUAAUAGUACAUUAGGUAGCUACUGUAUUUUACGUAGCUAAUAGUACAUUAGGUAGCUACUGGAUUUUACGUAGCUAAUAGUACAUUAGGUAGCUACUGGAUAUUACGUAGCUAAUAGUACAUUUAUGGUAGCUUACUGGGAUUUUACGUAGCUAAUAGUACAUUAGGUAAGCUACUGGGAUAUACGUAGCUAAUAGGUACAUUAGGUAGCCUACUGUAUAUACGUAGCUAAUAGUAACAUUAGGUAGCUACUAGGAGUUUUAACGUAGCUAAUAGUACAUUAUUAGCUACUGGAAUUUACGUAGGCUUAUAGUACAUAGGUAGCUACUGGAUAUUACGUAGCUAAUAGGACAUUAUGGGUAGCUAUGGUAUAUACGUAGCUAAUAGUACAUUAGGUAGCUACCUGUUAUAUUACGUAGCUAUCUAGUAACUUAGGUAGCUACUGGUAUAUUACGGUAGCUACUAGGGUUACAUUAUGGUAGCCUACUGUAUAUUCGUAGCUAUAGUCACAUUAGGUAACUACUGUCAUAUUAUCUGUAGGCUAAUAGUUACAUUUAGGUAGCUACUGUAAAUAUAUCCGUAGCUAUAGUACAUUCGGUAACUACUGUAUAUUACGGUAGCUUAUUACAUUAGGUAGCUAACUUUAUAUUCCGUAGCUAAUAGUACAUUAGGUAACUACUGUAUAUUACGUAGCUAAUAGUACAUUAGGUAGCUACUGAUAUUACGUAGCUAAUAGUACAUUAGGUUAGCUACUGUAUAUUACGUAGCUAAUAGUACAUUAGGUAGCCUACUGUAUAUUACGUAGCUAAUAGUACAUUAGGUAGCUACUGUAUAUUACGUAGCUAAUAGUACAUUAGGUAACUACUGUAUAUUACGUAGCUAAUAGUACAUUAGGUAGCUACUGUAUAUUACGUAGCUAAUAGUUACAUUAGGUAGCUACUGUAUUACGUUAGCUAAUAGUACAUUAGGUAGCUACUGUAUAUUACGUAGCUAAUAGUACAUUAGGUAGCUACUGUAUAUAAUCCGUAGCUAAUAGUACAUUAGGUAGCUACUGGAUUUUACGUAGCUAAUAGUACAUUAGGUAGCUACUGGAUAUUACGUAGCUAAUAGUACAUUAGGUAGCUACUGUAUUUACAGUAGCUAAUAGUACAUUAGGUAGCUACUGGAUUUUACGUAGCUAAUAGUACAUUAGGUAGCUACUGGAUAUUACGUAGCUAAUAGUACAUUAGGUAGCUACUGGAUUUUACGUAGCUAAUAGUACAUUAGGUAGCUACUGGAUAUUACGUAGCUAAUAGUACAUUAGGUAGCUACUGUAUAUUACGUAGCUAAUAGUACAUUAGGUAGCUACUGGAUUUUACGUAGCUAAUAGUACAUUAGGUAGCUACUGGAUAUUACGUAGCUAAUAGUACAUUAGGUAGCUACUGGAUAUUACGUAGCUAAUAGUACAUUAGGUAGCUACUGUAUAUUACGUAGCUAAUAGUACAUUAGGUAGCUACUGUAUAUUACGUAGCUAAUAGUACAUUAGGUAACUACUGUAUAUUACGUAGCUAAUAGUACAUUAGCUUGGACAAGGCUACUUAUGUAGGGAAUAGGGUGCCAUUUGAGACUAUCAGUACUAUAUACUGUAAUAAUCAGUAUAAACCAGCAUCUCAGCCCUGUGGAAAGCAGUAGAGUAUAAAGCUAUAUUAUAAUCCCAGGUUCUCAGCCCUGUGGAAAGCAGUACAGUAUAAAGCUGUAUUAUAAUCCCAGCGUCUCGCACCGUGGAAAGCAGUACAGGUAUAAAGCUGUAUUAUAACCCAGCGUCUCAGCCUGUGGAAAGCAGUACAGUAUACAGCUGUAUUAUAAUCCCAGCGUCUCAGCUCUGUGGAAAAGCAGUACAGUAUAAAGCCUAUAAUUAUAUAAUCCAAGCGUCUCAGCCCUGUGGAAAGCAGUACAGAAUUAAAAGCUGUAUUAUAACCCAGCGUCUCAGCCCUGUGGAAAGCAGUACAGUAUAAAGCUGUAUUAUAAUCCAGCGUCUCAGCCCUGUGGAAAGCAAGACAGUAUAAAGCUGUAUUAUAAUCCCAGCGUCUCAGCUCUGGAAAGCAGUACAGUAUAAAGCUAUAUUAUAAUCCCAGCGUCUCAGCCCUGUGGAAAGCAGUACAGUAUAAAGCUGUAUUAUAAUCCCAGCGUCUCAGCCCUGUGGAAAGCAGUACAGUAUAAAGCUGUAUUAUAAUCCCAGCGUCUCAGCCCUGUGGAAAGCAGUACAGUAUAAAGCUAUAUUAUAAUCCCAGCGUCUCAGCUCUGUGGAAAGCAGUACAGUAUAAAGCUGUAUUAUAAUCCCAGCGUCUCAGCUCUGUGGAAAGCAGUACAGUAUAAAGCUAUAUUAUAAUCCCAGCGUCUCAGCCCUGUGGAAAGCGAGUACAGUAUAAAGCAUGUAUUAUAAUCCCAGCGUCUCAUGCCCUGUGGAAAGCAGUACAGUAUAAAGCUGUAUUAUAAUCCCAGCGUUCAGCCCUGUGAAAGCAGUACGUAUAAAGCUCUAUUAUAAUCCCAGCGUCUCAGCCCUGUGGAAAGCAUACAGUAUAAAGCUGUAUUAUAAUCCCAGCGUCUCAGCCCUGUGGAAAUCAUACAGUAUAAAGCUGUAUAUAUAAUCCCAGCGUCUCAGCCCUGUGGGAAAGCAGUACAGUAUAAAGCUGGAUUAUAAUCCCUGUGGAAAGCAGUACAGUAUAAAGCUAUAUUAUAAUCCCAGCGUCUCAGCCCUGUGGAAAGCAGUACAGUAUAAAGCUGUAUUAUAAUCCCAGCGUCUCAGCCCUGUGGAAAGCAGUACAGUAUAAAGCUGUAUUAUAAUCCCAGCGUCUCAGCUCUGUGGAAAGCAGUACAGUAUAAAGCUAUAUUAUAAUCCCAGCGUCUCAGCUCUGUGGAAAGCAGUACAGUAUAAAGCUAUAUUAUAAUCCCAGCGUCUCAGCCCUGUGGAAAGCAGUACAGUAUAAAGCUAUAUUAUAAUCCCAGCGUCUCAGCCCUGUGGAAAGCAGUACUGUAAAAAUAUGUAUUAUAAUCCCAGCGUCUCAGCCCUGUGGAAAGCAGUACUGUAAAAAUAUGUAUUAUAAUCCCAGCGUCUCAGCCUGUGGAAAGCAGUACUGUAAAAAGAUGUAUUAUAAUCCAGCGUCUCAGCCCCUGUGGAAAGCAGUACAGUAUAAAGCUGAUAUAAUCCACGUCCAGCCGUGGAAGGAGUACAGUAUAAAGCUGUUUAUAAUCCCAGGUCUGCCCUGGGAAGCAGUACUGUAAAAAUGUUAUAACCAGGUCUCAGCCUGGAAAGAGUACUGAAAAAAUUGUUUUAACCAGCGUCUCAGCCCUGUGGAAAGAGGAUGUAAAAAUGUAUAAAUCCCAGCGUCUCAGCCCUGUGAAAGCAGUAUGUAAAAAAGAUUAUAAUCCAGCGCUCGCCCUGUGGAAAGCAGUACUGUAAAAAUAUGUAUUAUAAUCCCAGCGUCUCAGCCCUGUGGAAAGCAGUACUGUAAAAAUAUGUAUUAUAAUCCCAGCGUCUCAGCUCUCUGACAGGAAAGCGAACAGUUAAUUACAGAGUAGCCAUGGCCAGAAACACCAGAAUCCAGUCUGGACGAGUGGAAUGCAGAGCAGGCCUCCCCACUGGCUUUGAUGUGAAACUGGAUGGAUCAGCUCAUCCACAUCGUUUGGUUUGGCUUGAUUCUGCCAUGGGCUCUCCAGGGGAUUUCUGUGAUUUUGUUCCCUUAGCUCCCUGUGGUUUCUGAGGCUGGAAAAUAACUACAAAUAUGUCUGCUUGUUAUGUGGAAUUUGAUGUGUUGUGGUGCUAAAGCAUGUUGGGGUUUGGUGUUUGCAUAUUUGCAGAGGUUAGCGCAACACCCUGUGACCACUUAUAGCUAGUUCAGUAUCUGAUAGAUAACUCUCUCUCUGUCUUUCUCUCACACACUGUACAUGCACACCAUACAUCACCCUCUCCUCUCUCUCUUCUCUCUCUCCUCGUCUCUCUCCUCGCUCUCACCCUCUCCUCUUCUCUCGCUCGCGCUCUCGCUCUCUCUCCUCCCUCCCUCGCCCUCGUCUCUCUCUGUCCUCUGCUAUAAAAAAACAACACAUUAUCUCUCGCAUCUCUCUCUCUCUCUCAUUCUCUGUAAAAAAAAAACACACACAUCUCAUUCUCUUUUCUCAUUCUCUCUCUCUCUCUCCUUCUCUCUCUCUCUCUCUCUCCCCUCUCUUCUCUCUCUCUCUCUCUCGCUCUCUCUCUCUAAAAACAUCACCAUUAUCUCUAUCUAUCUUUCAUCCUCUCCCCGCUCCCCUCUCUCUGACGUCCUCUCUCAAGCACCCUCCUAAUCUCUCUCUCUCUUCAGGUCAAAUUGAUCACGUACGGCCCCCCCCAGGAACGAGACUCUUCUGAUCAUCUUAAUCUCUCUCUCUCUGGGAGGUAAACUGUGAUCAGGACUUCGCCUCCAGGAAAGAGAAAGUCUGAUAGGUUACUCUGGGACAUGAGAGCUGGUAAUUUUCAGGAGCAGAGGUGAGGAGAGAGAGAGAGAGAGGAGUUGAUGAGAGAGAGGGUGUGUUUUAUUGUGUGUACUUUUCGUGUAACCUCCUCUCCUCUCCUCUCCUCCUCCUCUCCUCUCCUCUCCUCUCCUCUCCUCCCUCUCAUCUCCUCUCCUCUCCUCUCUCUCUCCCUCUCUCCCUCUCCUCUCCUCUCCUCUCCUCUCCUCCACUCCUCCCUCUCCUCUCCUCCAGAGUGGCUCCAGUGAGAAGCGUGAGAUUCGUCAGUUCCAGUUUACAGCCUGGCCGGACCACGGGGUCCCAGAACACCCCACCCCCUUCCUGGCCUUCCUACGACGGGUCAAGGCCUGCAACCCGCCAGACGCAGGACCCAUGGUCGUACACUGCAGGUACCAUCUCUAUUGCUGCGCCACUCGGGUGCCUUAGGCCACCUGAGUGGCGCAGUGGUCUAAGGCACUGCAUCGCAGUGCUAGCUGUGCCACUAGAGAUCCAGGCUCUGUCGUAGCCGGCCGUGACCGGGAGACCCAUGGGGCGGCGCACAAUUGGCCCAGCGUCGUCCAGGGUAGGGGAGGGAAUGGCCGGCAGGGGAUGUAGCUCAGUUCGUAGAGCAUGGCGUUUGCAACACCAGGGUUGUGGGUUCGAUUCCCACGGGGGGUAUAAAAAAUAAUGUAUACACUAACUGUAAGUCGCUCUGGAUAAGAGCGUCUGCUAAAUGACUAAAAUGUAAUGUAAAUGUACUUGAAGUUUCCUGGGGUAAGGAAUGUUUUGGGGGUUUUCAAGUCCCUCAGUCGAUUCUCCUUUUUUUUGUUCAAGCUGGGCUGAACCACGUCUGGGUACGCUUUUUUUUCCAUUGAUCUGUUACUAUCUGUUACCUGGGUGGCUCUUAGGUACCGGAACGCAUCCAAAAUAAAUCACCUUUAUAAUAAAGCAUUGAAUGCAUAUCACGGCUUUUGUGUACUGGCAUAGAGCAGUAGAGUAGAGGCAUGAGGAAACAAAUGAAGCCCAGGGUCUGGGAAAAAUGUGGCCUUUUAGAAAUGCAUUUCAUGCAAUUCUACAUCAUUUUAGAUGCCUGGAGAAUUUAGCAGAAUAUUUUUUAAUACCACAUAAACGCUGGAAAUGACAGGCUACUUUGACCCUGAUAAACGGAGAAUGUGAGAUCAUUAAAAACGACCUGGUCUUGAAUCCAUCAGUAGCCUAGGCCUAAGGGUGUGGAGACACACAUAUGGUACGAUAUGAGGAGGGAAUUAUAGUCCUAAAAACUCUUUCCAGGUUCAGUGACUCCACCCAAUGAUGCGCAGCUCAUUCACCAGCGAUGGCUGAUGCCCUUGUGUCAAAAGCCUGUCUCACUGUUGUUUUACUUUGUAAAACAAUGCUGUUCGUUCAAUAGGCCUAUUUGGAAGUUGAUAACAUAUUCGGUGGCCUAGAGCAGACAGAUUAGUCUUGUCUUUUCAGCAGGAGCCAUUUGCUUUCCAUCCUGUUGUUUUCUGCGAUUGUAUUUGAAAUAUUGCGAAAGGCUUGUUUGGGCUGCAUGCUGUUCACUGACAGAUUUGCAGCGUGUUCCCGACUGUAGGCUAUGCCUUGUGAUUGGGCUACACACAAUCCACAGCUAGGCUAUAAAAAAUAAAAAUAAAAGAUUCAUCCUCUGUGUCUAAAUUCUAGGCCCUCCUGGUGUAGUAUUCAGAAUGACUUAAUUUAUUUCUGAACAGACAGCAGUAAUGAUAGAACAGCAGUAGUAAAUUAUAGAACAGCAGUAAUUCUAGAACAGCAGUAAUUCUAGAACAGCAGUAAUGAUAGAACAGCAGUAAUUCUAGAACAGCAGUAAUUCUAGAACAGCAGUAAUUCUAGAACAGCAGUAAUGAUAGAACAGCAGUAAUUCUAGAACAGCAGUAAUUCUAGAACAGCAGUAAUUCUAGAACAGCAGUAAUGAUAGAACAGCAGUAAUUCUAGAACAGCAGUAAUGAUAGAACAGCAGUAAUUCUAGAACAGCAGUAAUUCUAUAACUUUGGCAAAUGUAGUUGAAUGCUGGAGAGAUGCUAGUUGCAGACUCAUGUCUAUUAGAGCAGAGAGAGGGAGAGAGAUCAUAGCAACUGAAUGCCAUUCUAAUUCUGCUUCACUCUCUCACCACGGCAACGGCCACGCGUUGGUCUAUGUAGGCUACAAUGUUGCACAAACCAUAAACCCGAGCCGGCCCUAAACAAAUCAAUUCUUAGACUAUCAGGCACGUUUUCACAUGACGUUUUUUAGGGGGCAGGAGAAUUACAUACGAGGGUUCUUGAAUUAGCUGUGAUUGAUUUUAUUAGUAUUUUACAUUGCAAACAGUGAAAAUUAUUUUUCAUGCCAUGAGAGGUACCGGAUCCUGGUAAAUGUGUUCUGGAACGAAACAGUCCAAAAUUGAGAGGUGCCAGAUCCUGUUCCGGCAGGAUCCGGCUCAAAUUAAGCACUCGUUUUGUAGAACACUGUCUCUCCACACGUCAAUGCAAGUUUCAGUGAUUUAAUUUGCCAAAGACCCUACCAAAUAUCUUGACUUUGUCCAUCACUGGCCAAAUUCAUCACAGCAGUGUAACAACAAGCAUGCAUGAAACCCAGAAAAGAACUGACUUAUGGAAAAACAUUUGAAAACAUAUACUGUAUAUAUAUUCAUCUCCUGAGCUUAAAUGACAUUGACCUUUUACCCAGACAGAAACCCCAAACACUUCUCAUUGGCUAAACAAGCUAACCCUAACCCGCUGUGGAAUGGAACUGACAUGGAGAAUACUUAUCUUCCUCUUACUCAGCAAGUUACAGAGAGAGGGGGGGAGGGAGGGAGGAGUGGGGGGAAAGAGGGAGGGUGAGAGAGAGGGAGGGAAAGGUAGGGAGAAAGAGGAGGUGAGAGAGAGAGAGUGUGUCUGUGUGUGUGUGUGUCUAACAAGGAAGCUGCCAGUGAAAUGGAGUGUGUAACAGGAUUAUAGGUGAAUUAAAUUAGCUUCUUUACAGUAACAAUAGUCAGUCUCUCUCUCUCUCUCGCUCUGUCUCUCUCUCUCUCUCUCUCUCUCUCUCUGUAUCUCUCUGUCUCUCUCUCUCUCUCUGUCUCUCUCUCUGUCUCUCUCUCUCUCACCCGCCCCCUCACUCUCUCUCUCUCUCUCUCUCUCUCUCUCUCACUCUCUGUAUCUCUCGCUCUCGCCCCCCCCCUUCACCCCCUCUCUCUCUCACUCUCUGUCUCUCUCUGUCUCCCUCUCCCGAGAGCUGGGUUUAUGAUGGAGAAGGGAAAGUGCGUGCAGGUGCGCGCAUGUGUGUGUGUGUGUGUGUGUGUGUGUGUGUGUGUUGGACCUGCCUGGAGUGUCCGUCUGUAGCCAGUCAACACAGCGUAACAGUAAUGAGUACGUUUACAUGCACACCAAUAAUUAGAUAUUAAGCUGAUUAUGGCAGUAGGCCGAUUAUGCAAUAGUCAUGUAAACACCUUACUCAGCGUAAAAAAGGUCAGAAUCGAAGUAAGCACACGCCUGCUUUUCUGAGCAGUCUUUAAAAUGAUUAGGACGUUUAAACAGCCUAAACCGGCGUUCCAGCGGUGUAUUUGAUCUGCGCAUGUGGCAGCACCAGCCGAGAGCCUCCCUGGUAUGUGCGUGUGUAAUGAAUACUCAGGGAGAAAAAGGUGUAGAUUCACGCGCAGUUAGCGCGGCACGUGUUUAUUUCACCUUCACAGAAGGCAGGAAUCGUAGUCACAGGCAGGCAAUGGUCAUACACAGGUAGGCAAACAGGCAGGUGAAUCAAAAAACUAGGACUGAAGGCUAUAACUGGUUCUCACAAACGAGCUAGGAAAAAGCUUAGUAGAGUCAAAACGAACAAUACCUCACAAGGCACAAACAGAAUGAACUGAACUAAAUAAGGAGCUGAUGAGACCAGGUGAGUAACUAACACAGGUGAAAUCAAUGAACAAAAAUUAAAAACAGGGCUACGUUCAAGAACACAAAGAAACAGGGCUACGUUCAAGAACACAAAGAAACAGGGCUACGUUCAAGAACACAAAGAAACAGGGCCACGUUCAAGAACACAAAGAAACAGGGCUACGUUCAAGAACACAAAGAAACAGGGCUACGUUCAAGAACACAAAGAAACAGGGCUACGUUCAAGAACACAAGGUGAACUAAGAAAAUAAAUACAGAACCUUACAGCGCGAGUGAAGUGAGUUCGGAAAAACUUUAAAUAUGCAUCUUAGAAAUAGUUUUCACAUCCAAACUCAGAAUCAAAUAGGCUUCCCAAAAAUAUCACUGUGGUUGAAUGUUUAGUUUUAUUGGUGUUUUUCUCCAUAUAUCAAUGUCCCAUCAGGUAUCCUGAUUUCAGAUGAGUCCGUGUAAACAAGAUUAUUAGCUAAAUCAUUCUUAAUGCAAAGCAUGUAAACGUUUAAAUCAAACUAUUAUAUGAAUCUAUUGUGUGUAUGUAACUGUACUCAGUAAUGUGUUUGGUCCAGUGGCUGACUGUCUGAGUUGGAGGAUAGGAUAGUGUGUGUGUGUGUGUGUGUGUGUGUGUGUGUGUGUGUGGUGUGUGUGUGUGUGUGUGUGUGUGUGUGUGAGUGUGAGUGUGAGUGUGAGUGUGAGUGUGAGUGUGAGUGUGUGUGUGUGUGUGUGUGUGUGUGUGUGGUGUGAGUGUGAGUGUGAGUGUGAGUGUGAGUGUGUGUGUGUGUGUGUGUGUGUGUGUGUGUGUGUGCGUUUUACUAUAGUUGUGAGUAUUUCUUCACAAAAAUAGUAAAUCAACUAAAAUUCAGAGAAGUGAGGACCGGUCCUCACUUGUAAAAUGGCUAUUUUAGGCUUAGGGGUUAGGUUUAGAAUUAGGGUUAGGGUUAAGAUUAGGGAUUAGUGGUUAGGGUUAGGAAAGGGGACUGUGGGGACAGGGUGAACAGGGUGAACAGGGUGGACAGGGUGGACAGGGGUGGCAGGUUGCAGGUGGAGGGUUGGCAGGGUGGCCAGGGUGGACAGGGUGGCAGGUGGCAAGGGUGGAGUGGCAAGGGGUGGACAGGGUGGCCAGGGUGGCAGGGUGGACCAGGGGUGGCAGGGUGGACAGGGUGGCAUGGUGGCAGGGUGGUGGGAGGGGGGCGGGGGACAGGGUGGGGACAGGGGGGGGGGGGGUGGGGGGGGGGUGGGGGGGGGGGCAGGGUGGUCAGGUGGACAGGGUGGCAGGGUGGACAGGGUGGCAGGGUGGACAGGGUGGACAGGGUGGACAGGGUGGCAGGGUGGACAGGGUGGACAGGGUGGACAGGGUGGCAGGGUGGACAGGGUGGACAGGGUGGGCAGGGUGGACAGGGUGGCAGGGUGGACAGGGUGGACAUGGUGGCAUGGUUGGGCAGGUGGGACCAUGGUUGGCAGGGGUGGACAGGGUGGCAGGGUGGCAGGGUGGACAGGGGGACAGGGGGACAGGGUGGACAUAGAGACUUGACCAACUCAUUUUAUUAACCUCUAGUUUAAAGAGAACACUUCUAAAGCUGUUAAGAGUGUAUGGGCAGGGGGUCCCACAGGUUUAGGGUUAGGGGUUAGGGGUUAGGGGUUAGGGAAAAUAGGAUUUUGAAUGGGAAUCAAUUGUUUGUCCCCAAAAGUGUGUCUGUGUGUCUGUGUGUCUGUGUGUCAAGUUUAAAGUUUAAAGUUUUCACUUGCACAAAUAAAGUAAAAUACUCUAAACCCAACAAUGCAGUAAUCAAUAAGAAUGUAUUACUACAAAUAACACAAGGUAGAACAAAAACACAUCAGAUAUAAAAAUAAGAAAUAAGAAGAACAGGAGAAAGUAAGAAGCUAAAUACAGGGUCAGUUCCAGGACCAUAUUAACAAUGUGCAGGGAUACUGGAGUGAUGGAGGUAGAUAUGUAUAGGGGUAAGGUGAUUAUAUACAGGGUCAGUUCCAGGACCAUAUUUACAAUGUGCAGGGAUACUAGAGUGAUGGAGGUAGAUAUGUAUAGGGGUAAGGUGACUAGGCAUCAGGAUCUAUGAUAAACAGAGUAGCAGCAGCGUAAACGAUGAUUGUAUUUGAGUGGGUGUGUGUAGACCCAGUAUAAAUGUGUGUGCAUGUUAUGUGUGUGUUGGAGUGUCAGUGGUCGUGAGUGUGCACAAAUAAAUACAGGUGGCAACUCAGAUAGUCUGUUAGCUAUUUAGUUAGCCAUUCUGUUAGCUAUUUAGUUAGCCAGUCUGUUAGCUAUUUAGUUAGCCAGUCUGUUAGCUAUUUAGUUAGCCAGUCUGUUAGCUAUUUAGUUAGCCAUUCUGUUAGCUAUUUAGUUGGCCAUUCUGUUAGCUAUUUAGUUAGCCAUUCUGUUAGCUAUUUAGUUAGCCAUUCUGUUAGCUAUUUAGUUGGACAUUCUGUUAGCUAUUUAGUUAGCCAUUAUGUUAGCUAUUUAGUUAGCCAUUCUGUUAGCUAUUUAGUUAGCCAUUCUGUUAGCUGUUUAGUUAGCCAGUCUGUUAGCUAUUUAGUUAGCCAUUCUGUUAGCUGUUUAGUUAGCCAUUAUAUUAGCUGUUUAGUUAGCCAUUAUGUUAGCUGUUUAGUUAGCCAUUCUGUUAGCUGUUUAGUUGGCCAUUCUGUUAGCUGUUUAGUUGGCCAUUCUGUUAGCUGUUUAGUUAGCCAUUCUGUUAGCUGUUUAGUUAGCCAUUCUGUUAGCUGUUUAGCAGUCUUAUGGCUUGGGGAUAGAAGCUGUUCAGGAGCCUGUUGACGUCAGACUUGAUGCACCAGUACCUCUUGCCAUGUGGAAGCAGAGAGAACAGUCUUUGGCUUGGGAUAGGACUCAACACGGGGACUCCAGCUGGAGUCUUUAACGAUUUUCCGGGCCUUCCUUUGUUAAACACUCCAGCUGAUAUAGGCCCCAGUGACUGCUGUCCCCAUCACCCUCUGUAGGCUGUCUCAUCGUCGCCGGUCGUGUCGUCAGCAAACUUGAUGAUGGUGUUGGAGUCGUGCGUGGCCACGCAGUCGUGGGUGAACAGGGAAUACAGGAGGGGACUAAGCACACACCCCUGAGGGGCCCCCCCGUGCUGAGGGUCAGUGUGGCGGAGGUGAUGUUGUCUACCCUCACUACCUGGGGUCGGCCCGUCAGGAAGUCUAGGAUCCAGUUGGAGAGGGAGGUGUUCAGUCCCAGGGUCCUAAGCUUGGAGGGGACAAUGGUGUAGAACACUCAGCUGUAGAAUAGCAUUCUCACAUAGGUAUUCCUCUUAUCUAGGUGGGCGAGAGCGAUGUGGAGUGCAAUUGAGAUUGCGUCAUCUAUGGAUCUGUUGGGGCCGGUAUGCAAAUUGGAGUGGGUAUAGAGGGUGUCUGGGUUGAUGGAGAGGGUGUGCCCCAUAUCCAGCCUCAAAGCACUUCAUGAUUAAAGAUGUAAGUGCUACCAGACGUUAGUCAUUGGGGGCAUGAAUCCCUUAGAGUUCUUAGGGAACAGGAAUGAUGGUGGUCAUCUUAAAACAUGUUGGGGGUUACAGACUGGGACAAGGAGAGGUUGGACAUAUGCCUGCCAGCUGAUCUGCACACGCUCUGAGAACGCGCCCUGGAACACCGUCAGUGUUGAGCUGAUUAAAGACCUUACUCACGUCGGCCUCAGAGAGUGAGAUCACCCAGUCCUCCGGUUCUCACGCACAGUAUGGUGUUGUUAUUGUUGAAUACGUGCAUAAAAUGAGUUGAGUUGAUCUGGAAGAGAGGCAUCGUUGGACAGAUCACUGUUGGGUCUUCCUUUGUACCCCAUAAUGGACUGUAGCCCCUGCCAGAUGUGGUGGCUCUCAGAGCCUGUGGAAUAGGAUUCCACCUUAUCCCUAUAUUGUCCUCUGCAGAGGUCGUAGAGGGACUUCCUGUGUGUGUGUGUGUGUGUGUGUGUGUGUGUGUGUGUGUGUGUGUGUGUGUGUGUGUGUGUGUGUGUGUGUGUGUGUGUGUGUGUGUGUGUGUGUGUGUGUGUGUGUGUGUGUGUGUGUGUGUGUGUGUGUGUGUGACUGUGUGAGAGUGUGUGUGUGAAUGUGUGUGACUGUGUGAGAGUGUGUGUGUGUGUGUUGGGGUGUUUCGGUUUGGGAACAGGAUAGUGCUGUGUCUGUCUGACUGUGUCUGGGUAGAGAGGAUCAAAUGGAUUUGAUUUCCUUAAGCUAGCUAGCUAGUUGCAGGUCAACAUUUUGCACACUGUAAACAUUAGGUAUUCUACACACUGUAGAAGGAUGAAUCAUUUUAACUCCAUUUAGUUCCAAUUUGCACAUUGGCCCUGCAAAUAGUACUGGGCUAACUUUUACAGUUGAUACCGUAACACACGGACUAACUUUCUGUUCCCUCCCCUCUUAGUGCUGGAGUGGGCCGGACUGGCUGUUUCAUCGUGAUUGACGCCAUGGUGGAGCGAAUCAAACACGAGAAGACGGUUGACAUCUACGGUCACGUGACCCUCAUGAGGUAAAAAUGGGCUGCUAUGUUGAAUCACUUUGGGGAAAUCUCUCGUCCAAAAAGCACAGCAUUCAUGUUCAUAACAUUGAACCAAUUACCACUGUAGGGAGUUUGUAGUUAUUUCAAAUGUUCUAUUAUUUUGCGGAUACUUUACAGAAAAUGCUAACUGAAACCAAAGACUGUGUGAUUACCAGUGUUGCCAGUAAAUUAACCCUGACUGAAACAUUCAACUUUAGGUCCCAGCGGAACUACAUGGUGCAGACGGAGGAUCAGUAUGCCUUUAUUCACGACGCGCUGCUGGAAGCCGUCGCCUGUGGCAACACUGAGGUUCCGGCGCGGAACCUUUAUGCCUACAUCCAGACACUGACCAAAAUAGAACCGGCGGAGAACGUCACGGGCAUGGAACUGGAGUUCAAGGUACGUUCUAAAGGUUCUAGGGUUCUGUGGUGCUGUUCAGGAACACUGAAAAGUUGUGUCUGUGUGAUCCAGGGACCUAGCCAGCACUACUGUACCUCCUUGCCCGUUCAAAUAAAAUAUUUAAAUAUUGAUCAUUUAUUUGACCGAGACGUGCGACGACAGCAAGACUCCUCAAUCUCAGAUAAAGCUUCAGAGCGAGGGAAACAGCGCCCCUCUGCCUCAGUAUGUGCAGACCAUGUAUCUGAUGCUGUCUGGACCAAAAGAGUAUAACAUGUUGCCCCCCCCCGUGGCACUCAGUGUUCGAUUGGCUUCCUGUGGUUUCCUCUCCGUCUCUCUCUAUAUUGAUCUGUUGUUCUUUCUCACACGAGUCAAGCAACGGUCAGAGUGUGUGUGUGUGUGUGUCUGUGUGUGUCUGUGUGUGUGUGUAUGUGUGUGUGUGUGUGUGUGUGUGUGUGUGUGUGUGUGUGUGUGCGUGUGUGUGUGUGUGUGUGUGUGUGUGUGUGUGUGUUUGGGGUUUUGCUGACUCAGGAUCAACUCUGGUUCACAUGUGUGUUGAGACAGCCAGAGGGCCUGUGGUUUCCUCUCCCCCUUCUCCUCCUCUCCUCUCUGCCUCCUCUCCUCUCGUCUUCACCUCCUCUCUUCCUCCUCCCCUCUCUUCCUCCUCCCCUCUCUUCCUCCUCUCUUCUCUUCCUCCUCUCCUCUCUUCCUCUUCCCCCUCUCUUCCUCCUCUCCUCUCUUCCUCCUCUCCUCUCUCCAUUAUUUGGGGGAAAAUUUUCAAAAACAACGAAACCCCCUUUUGGGGCCGUUUGCCGUAAAAACCACUGAAAUUCCCCCCCAAACACUGGGAAAAACGGGGGACGUCCUUUUAAAGGGGUUUUUGGAAAAAUCCCGGGAAACCCGGGUUCCGGGCCCGGGAAACCUUUUUUUUCCCCGACCCUAGAAAAAAGGGGGGCUCAGGGCAAAAUAAAAUUAAAUACUUUAAAGCGGUUUGGGGCGCAACCCCAAAAAAGGGGGGGACCCGGGACCCCCCCCAAAAAACUUCCCGCAAAAAAAAUUUUAAAAAAAUUUUACUUUUUUUCCAGGUCGCACGGGCCCCUUCUUUAAAUUAAAAGGGGAAACCCCGCCCAGGGCCCUUUUGUGUGUCUGGCCAAAAAAGGGCCCCCCCGGGGGGGGGGGGGGGGGUUUGGGGUUUUUUUUUUUUGGGGGGUUUUUUUGGUCGCAAAUCAGGUUUUGGGGGGGGGGGUGUUGGGGGGGGUUUUUUUUGGGGGGUUUUUGGGGGGGGGGGGGGGGGGGGGGGGUGGGGGGGGGGGGGGAAGGAAAGGGACAGGGGGAAAAGAGAGGGUGGGCCCCCCCCCCCCCCCCCCCCCCCCCCGGACCCCCCCCCCCCCUUUUUUUUUUUUUUUGGGGGGGGCCCCCCCCCCCCCCCCCCCCCCCCCCCCCCCCCCCCCCCCCCCCCGGGGGGGGGGCCCCGGGGCCCCCCCGGGCCCCCCCCCGGGGGGGGCCCCCCCCGGGCCCCCCCCCCCCCCCCCCCCCCCCCCCCCCGGGGGGCCCCCCCCGGGGCGCCCCCCCCCCCUUCCCCCGGGGCCAUUGCUCUGUUCUAACUAAUGUCAUGAAUAUAAGCAUUAUUUCAGGUGAUAUUUUUCUUAAGAAUGGUUUAAAGCAAUGUUAUCUUGUUAUAACAUAACUUAUCUAUGUCAUGACAUAUCAUGUCCCACAGCAUCUAGUCAAUGCUAGGGUCAAUCUUAAAUAUGAAGUCAUGCUCUGUUCUGCUGUGUCAUUCUAUGUCUCAUUAUUACAUGAUGUGUAGCUAUGUCACAUUAUAACACCCUAUGUCAACCUCAUCCCCUUCAUAGCGCUUGACCACUUCCCUUCCUCCUCUCAUGUCAUAUCUUGUUAUGAUACAAUAUGUAAUGCUAUGUCACAUUAUAACACCCCUAUGUCAUGCUACGUCACAUUAUAACAACCCUAUGUCAUCUCCCUCCCCCUCCAUAGCGGUUGGCCAGUGCGAAGGCCCACACCUCCAGGUUUGUGAGUGCCAACCUGCCGUGUAACAAGUUCAAGAACCGUCUGGUGAACAUCAUGCCCUAUGAGACCACCAGGGUCUGUCUGCAGCCAAUCAGAGGAGUGGAGGGGUCAGACUACAUCAACGGCAGCUUCAUAGACGGAUACAGGUGA